ACGGCCACCCGGCUGCUCUGGGACGACCCCGAGUGCAGGAUCGAGUGUCCCGAGCGCCUGACUGCGGCCCUGGACCGCCUGCGGCAGUGCGGCCUGGAGCGGAGGUGUCUGCGGUUGUCAGCCCGCGAGGCCUCGGAGGCGGAGCUGAGCCUGGUGCACAGCCCCGAGUACGUGGCCCUGGUUCGGGGCACCCAGGUCCUGGGCGAGGGGGAGCUCCAGGCGCUGUCCUCACAGUAUGAUGCCGUCUACUUCCACCCGAGCACCUUUCGCUGCGCCCAGCUGGCUGCAGGGGCUGCGCUGCAACUGGUGGAUGCCGUGCUGGAGGGAGCAGCGCGCAACGGGCUCGCCCUGGUGCGGCCUCCUGGGCACCACAGCCAGAGAGCAGCGGCCAAUGGGUUCUGCAUAUUCAACAAUGUGGCUGUAGCGGCUGAAUAUGCCAAGCAGAAGCACGGCCUGCACAGAAUUCUCAUUGUCGACUGGGACAUCCAUCACGGCCAGGGUAUCCAGUAUGUCUUUGAAGAUGACCCCAGCGUCCUUUAUUUCUCCUGGCACCGCUACGAGCAUGGGCGCUUUUGGCCUUUCCUGCGGGAGUCAGAUGCAGAUGCAGUUGGGCAGGGGCGGGGCCGAGGCUUCACUGUCAACCUGCCGUGGAACCAGGUAGGAAUGGGAAACGCUGACUACAUGGCUGCCUUCCUGCACCUGCUACUCCCGCUGGCCUUUGAGUUUGACCCGGAGCUGGUGCUGGUCGCAGCAGGGUUUGAUUCGGCCAUCAUGGACCCCGAGGGGCAGAUGCAGGCCACCCCAGAGUGCUUCGCGCACCUCACACAGCUGCUGCAGGUGCUGGCUGGCGGCCGGGUUUGCGCUGUGCUGGAAGGCGGCUACCACCUGGAGUCCCUAGCACAGUCGGUGUGCAUGACAGUGCAGGCGCUGCUGGGUGACCCGGCGCCCCCCCUGUCGGGGCCCAUGGUGCCAAGUCAGAGCGCCCUGGAGUCCAUCCAGAGGGCCCGAGCCGCCCAGGCCCCGCACUGGACAAGCCUCCAGCAGCAAGGUGUGUCACCUGUGCUGACUUCCGGCACCUCUUCAGAGGGGAGGGCUCCGCCCCUGCUGCCUGGGGCUUCCGUGUGCACAGCAGUGGCAGCAGCUGUGCUGAGCUCCCUCCCAGACCAGAGGCAUUGCUGCACCGUCCCCCCUAUCUGCACGGCGGUUGCCCUGACGCUUCCAGAUGCCACCCUAGCCCUGCCCCCGGAUGUUCUCCAUCAGGAGGGGUCAGCCCUGAGGGAGGAGGCAGAAGCCUGGGCCAGGCCACACGAGUCCCUGGCCCAGGAUGAGGCUGUCACUGCCCUCGAGAGACUCCUGUAUCUCUUAGACGGGAUCCUGGAUGGGCAGGUGAGUUGUGGCAUUGCAGCCACCCCGGCCCCUGCUGCAGCCGCCACCCUGGAUGUGGCCACUCGGAGAAGCCUGGCCCACGGAGCCCAGAGACUGCUCUGUGUGGCCCUGGGACAGCUGGACCCGCCCCCGGACCUCACCGAUGACGGGCGGACUCUGUGGCUGAACAUCAGGGGCAAGGAGGCAGCUGCCCGGUCCAUGUUCCACAUCUCCAUGCCACUGCCAGGGACGACCGAGGGGUUCCUGAGCUGGCUCUUGGGCCUGGUGCUGCCCCUGGCUUAUGGCUUCCGGCCUGACUUGGUGCUGGUGGCCCUGGGGCCUGCCCACGACCUGCAGGGCCCCCAAGCGGCCCUCCUGGCUGCGAUGCUGCGUGGACCGGCAGGGGGCCGGGUUCUGGCCCUGGUUGAGGAGGAGUGCACGCCCCAGCUCGCGAGGGUCCUGGCCGGGGGGCUGCACGGAGAGCCACCGCCUCGUCUGGCCCCGCUCGCGACGGCCUCGCCGGAGGACAUCCGAGCCCUGGUGCACCUG